CAGUAAGGUUUUAGUAAGCGCGCGAUUUUCCGUUCAAGUUCGACAACUGAAAUUGCAUUGCUCGUGGUAUCGCGGGUUUCCCAACAUAUUUCAGUCACCCACGCCAGUAUUCCACUAUCACACACCGAAGCAGUAGCUUCUCAUGACCUGGUCUAGCAGGUAGAACUGUUCGCAAUCGAAAAACCCGUGUUUCGAAGCAUGAUAAUCCGGUAAAAACUUUUUGUAUUUUGUUCGGACAAUGGAAGGCCGGUUUACUUCAGGGGAUUACGAGACCGAGCGCGGUAUCGAAAAUACCGGGUUCCAGCUGCAGGAAAGUGGUGAACCUAUCAAGAACGGACACCCGGUGGUGAAUCAAAACAAUUCGUUGCAUGUGCCCAAGAGGAAAAAGUCUUUGGUGCAGCUGACCAGAGAGGCUCUACCUAGGUUAGAAAAUUACAGGAAUUCGAGGAAGGCUGUGAAAAGGCCCAGUUUGGGGGAGUUACAUGAAGGAGAAGAAUCUAAGGAAAACAACCAUGCCCCAGACACCAACAUAGCGGUAGAAGACCACUCAGAGUCGCACGCAGGAAUAAAGUUAGGAUGGAUACAAGGGGUCCUCAUACCAUGUCUUCUCAACAUCUGGGGAGUCAUGCUGUUUCUUCGCCUGUCUUGGGUAGUGGCCGAGGCAGGUAUUGGACAAUCGUUGCUGAUAAUUGCAAUUUCAGCUGUAGUAUGUAUAAUCACGACGCUGUCCCUCUCAGCAAUUUGCACCAACGGCGAAGUAAAAGGAGGCGGUAUCUACUAUAUCAUUUCGCGAUCGCUGGGUCCUGAAUUUGGAGCAUCGGUGGGGGUAGUGUUCGCUUUUGCGAAUGCCGUUUCAGCGUCAAUGAAUACCAUCGGGUUCUGCAACUCCGUCAGCGAUCUGCUCAGUAAUUACGACCUAUACAUAGUUGAUGGAAAAGUCAAUGAUACUAGGAUAAUAGGUACCGUUGCUACUUUGGUAAUGAUCCUCAUUUGUGCCGUUGGAAUGGAAUGGGAAUCGAAGGCGCAGAAUUUCUUGAUAGCUGCAAUUGUGGGAGCAAUGGUAGAUUUUAUAGUUGGGACUAUAAUUGGACCUACAAGUGAUCUGCAAAGGGCGCAAGGUUUCGUAGGAUUUAAUACAACAACAUUUUCCGAAAAUUGGGGCCCUAUGUAUAGAUCGCAGGAUGGUAUCGACUACAACUUCUUCCAAGUGUUCGCCAUUUUCUUUCCAUCUGUUACUGGAAUCCAGGCUGGUGCCAAUAUAUCAGGAGAUUUAAAGGAUCCUGCAACAGCAAUUCCAAAAGGCACUCUACUAUCUCUACUGAUUUCUAUGUUUUCUUAUGCCUUAUUCGUAAUAUUCGCUGGUGGAGCAGCGCUUAGAGACGCCAGCGGAAACACUACUGAUUUAAUAAAUGGUUCUAUAACUUAUUGUGUUACUGCUCCUGAUGAGACAUGCCACUAUGGAUUAUUUAAUAGCUAUCAGAUGAUGCAAAUCAUGUCAAGUUGGUGGCCACUUAUAUAUGCCGGAUGCUUCGCGGCUACUCUAAGUACAGCUUUGACGAAUUUGCUGUCGGUACCAAGACUUAUCCAAGCUCUUGGCAUUGAUCGAAUUUACCCCGGACUUAUCUUUUUCUCCAAAGGAUAUGGCAAACAUGGAGAGCCCUACAGGGGAUAUGUAUUGACGCUCGUAGUGUCUGUCGCGUUUUUGUUGAUAGCUGAACUAAAUGCAAUAGCUCCACUGAUAUCCAACUUCUAUCUGGCAUCCUACGCCCUUAUUAAUUUCUGUACCUUCCACGCUGCAUUAAUCAAACCAUUGGGUUGGAGACCGACCUUUAGGUAUUACAAUACAUGGUUGAGUCUUUCUGGAUUUAUAAUGUGCGUUGUCAUCAUGUUUUUGAUCAACUGGUGGUCUUCUUUGAUAACAUUCGGAAUCAUCUGGGGCCUAUAUCUUCUAGUGGUCUACAGAAAGCCAGAUGUAAACUGGGGAUCUUCUACUCAAGCCCAGACAUACAAAACAGCUCUUACAACAGCCCAACGGUUGAACAAUAUUAGUGAACACGUGAAGAACUACAAGCCACAAAUCCUGGUACUGUGCGGCUAUCCACAAGUUAGACCACUGUUGAUAGACUUUGCUAACCUUAUUACUAAGUCUCAUUCCUUACUGAUUAUUGGAGAUGUCAUCAAUAAACGAAUAAACCACAGAACGAGAUCUUCAAGAACGUCCAAAGUCUAUAAUUAUUUAAGAAAUCGAAAAAUCAAAGCAUUCUAUACGAUCAUCGAUAAUAUGUCAUUCGAAAUCGGGUCCAAAGCUCUUCUCCAAACAACUGGUAUCGGCAAACUUAGCCCAAACGUCUUGAUGAUGGGAUACAAAAACGACUGGCAGAUUUGCAACAAAGAAGAACUCCUUGCCUACUUUAACGUUUUACACGCGGCCUUUGACCACAGACUAGCAGUAGCUAUUCUCAGGUUGGGCGACGGCCUGGAUUAUGGAAUUCUUCUAGAUGACGCCGAUCAGGAUCGCACCAGCAACGAUGCCUCAUUAACACCAGCCUCAAGAAACGAACUAAGAACAUCUGUUUCUAGUAACAUUAUGCAUGCCGAUUCUAAUUUAAGCCUGACAACAGUGGGUCUUCCAGAAAACAACUCAUAUAUCAAUCUACAGACUCCUGCAGGGUCACACAAUGGCAAGCAGAGGAAGCAACGUCCAGGUCUUGACGAAAUCAUCAUCACCCCACCUGAUGAGCAAGCUAGAUUAGAGGAAAAAAUCGAUAUGUUUAGGAGAAAGCAGCCCAAAGGCUAUAUAGACGUUUGGUGGUUGUACGACGACGGUGGAUUGACUAUGCUUUUACCUUAUAUUAUUAACACAAGAAAUAGUUGGUCCAGCUGCAAGCUGCGAGUAUUUGCCAUGGCUAAUAAUAAGAAUGAGUUGCUACAGGAAGAGAAAAACAUGGCCCAUUUGUUAUCGAAGUUUCGAUUGGACUAUUACAGUCUGCAAAUGGUUUCAAUAGGAGAUAAACCCCAAGACUCCACAAUAGAAUUCUUCAACGAAUUGUUAACGAGGUUUAUUACAACAGAAGAAGUAAAAGAGAGCGAUUGCUUGGUCAGCACGGCAGAACUUGCUGCAUCACAAGACAAAACUUAUAGGCAGUUAAGAUUACGAGAAUUACUUUUGCAACAUUCCAGUGAGGCCAACUUAAUUGUUAUGUCUCUACCGAUGCCCAGGAAAGGUACAGUGUCAGCCCCACUAUACAUGGCCUGGCUGGAAGCCCUCACGAGAGACAUGCCACCUUACUUGCUGGUGAGGGGUAAUCAACAAUCUGUGUUAACGUUUUAUUCUUAAGUGAUACAAAAACCAAAUUGAAUUUUUGCCUCUAAACAAAUAAUUCUUAAUAUAUUUUAUAUUGUACAUAAUUUUACUUAAAGUACUUAUUUAAUUUAAUAAAUACUAUUGUUUUUAAUAAAGAGAAUUUUGAUUACA